UGAAAAGUCCGCCUCAAUCGGAGACGGAAAUGACGUCUCAUACGAAUCCCCCCGUAGUUCCUGUCUUCCUUCUGGCUUCGAUUCGGUAAGCCGAACCGAACUGAUUCUGAGUAUCCCGGUCGCGCACUGCAAGGCGGCUGAGCACAGCCCCAGAGCAGGCAUUUAUAUCCUCUCAGUCUAUCCACCUCAAGAGUACCUCAUGAGUGACUGGCAGUGUGACUUCUUCUGCUUUUUCCGCUGCUGCUGAGCAGAGGCUAUUGGGAGUUGUAGUUUACGGAGUGCUGAUUGCAGAUCGGUGGAGGGUCUCAGUGAAAGUGGGGUCCAGGGAAUGUCCGUGGACAUGAACAGCCAGGCCUCUGACAGCAACGAGGAUGACUUCGGCCCCAACUCCGAGGAGGAAGAGGACGAAGGGGGAGAGGAGGAGGACCAGGGUGAUAUUGCGGACUACUAUGAGGGCGUGGCCAGUGACGUGGAACAGCAGGGGGCUGAUUCUUUUGAUCCAGAGGAGUACCAGUUCACCUGUCUCUCCUACAGAGAGAGCCAGAGAGUUCUGACAGAAGAGGUGAACAGUGUGGCCACUGCUCUAAAGGUUCUGCCUGCCGUUGCAAAAUUGAUCCUGGUCCAUUUUCACUGGCAGGUGUCUGUUAUACUGGACAGGUACAAGUCCAAUUCCUCUCAGCUUCUUUGUGAGGCCCAGGUCCAGCCCAGCUCCUGCAGAUCCGUGACAGCGUCCCCUCAGUCCCUGCAGUGUGGGGUGUGUCUGCAGCUGGUGAGAAAGGACGCCUUGCUCUCCCUACCCUGUCAGCACUCCUUCUGCAAGUCGUGCUGGGAACAGCACUGCACAGUGCUCGUUAAGGAUGGGGUAGGAGUGGGCAUCUCGUGUAUGGCUCAGGACUGUUCCCUCCAAAUGCCAGAGGACUUUGUGCUCCCGUUGCUUCCUAGCGAGGAGCUGAAGGAGAAAUACAGACGCUACCUCUUCAGAGACUAUGUGGAGAGUCACUUCCAGCUGCAGCUGUGUCCUGGGGCAGACUGUCCUAUCGUCAUUCAGGUGCAGGAGCCCCGAGCACGCAGAGUGCAGUGUAGCCGCUGCAGCGAGGUCUUCUGUUUCAAGUGUCGGCAGAUGUACCAUGCUCCUACAGACUGCGGAACCAUACGGAAGUGGCUGACCAAAUGUGCUGAUGAUUCUGAGACCGCCAACUACAUCAGCGCGCACACUAAAGAUUGUCCUAAGUGCAAUAUCUGCAUUGAGAAGAAUGGAGGCUGCAACCACAUGCAAUGCUCCAAGUGCAAGCAUGAUUUCUGCUGGAUGUGCCUAGGAGAUUGGAAGACCCAUGGCAGCGAGUACUAUGAGUGCAGCCGCUACAAGGAGAACCCUGACAUUGUUAACCAGAGUCAACAGGCCCAGGCCAGGGAGGCACUCAAGAAAUACCUCUUCUACUUCGAGAGGUGGGAGAACCACAAUAAGAGCCUGCAGCUGGAGGCCCAGACUUACCAGCGGAUUCAGGAAAAGAUCCAGGAGAGAGUGAUGAACAACCUGGGCACCUGGAUUGACUGGCAGUACAUGCAGAAUGCUGCCAAGCUGCUGGCCAAGUGUCGUUACACGCUGCAGUACACCUAUCCCUACGCCUACUAUAUGGAGUCUGGGCCCCGCAAGAAACUGUUUGAGUACCAGCAGGCGCAGUUGGAGGCGGAAAUAGAGAACCUGUCCUGGAAGGUGGAAAGGGCAGACAGCUACGAGAGGGGCGUUGGAGAAGGAGAGCUGAGCGCCAACGACAGAGGGGAUCUGGAGAAUCAGAUGCACAUCGCUGAGCAGAGGAGACGCACGCUGCUCAAGGAUUUCCAUGACACCUGAGUGUUUGAUUCUGUGGUUCCGAUCAGCCCCAGAAGCUUCUUCAUGCUUUCAUUCAUCUCUCUUCUUUGCUGCAUCCCUCUCUUCCCCCUCUUCCUUGCUUUCCUCUUGCUCUGCUGGAGUGUGGAGGCCUGGGUCUCCGAAUGGCACGAGCGCAUUAGUCCACCACCCCACCCCACCCCACCCCCACGCCAAAAAAAAUUAUAAUGAUCCUCUGACAGGAAAACUACCACAGGCCCACUCAUGCAUGUACAGACACAUGCAGAUACAUACUUGCACUCGUGCACACUCAUACAUGCACGCACACACGCACGCACACACAAUGGAAGGGUUGGACACACUCAUACACAGAGAUUGAUACAUACCGAGGGCAGGUCAACUAGGCACAUUCUAAUCUUCCUCAUCUAUUCUCUCCACCACUUUUCUGUCCUUUUAUUUUUUCUGCACAUUGUUCAGUUUUUUUUGAGAAAUGGCUGUUAAUAGAGUAGGCUCAUUUAAAAAAUGGAAAAAGAAAAAAAAACUGUAAUUUUCAACGGUUGUACAUUAAUACAGAAAUAGAGUUACUGAGAGAAUGUUUUUAAACGAGCGCUGUGUCCUGUGUGUGUUCUGUGUCUCUUUGUGUCUAGCUCUUUCAAGCUCAGACUGGCAUCAGUUUGCAUUUCAGAAGCUUUCCGAAGUUACCAAAGCAUUUUGGAACAUAAGCACACAAUCUGAGCGCUUGUAACAGCACAAAGUCUUCAAAAUAUAAUCUAAACCGUAUGCUCUGUAUGUCUAGUUCGGAACAACAAGCAGCCUAGACCUUUCAGCUGCCCGUCAUUGGCAGGCUCGUAGAGUACUUUGAGACCUGUGGUGUCAUCCCACUCUCCUUAUGGAAUUGUACAGGUGUGUAACCCAAGUUGCAAAUGUAGACAUUUGUCUCCUUACUCUGUUUGUCAAGCUCUUAUUUUGUAGUUGCCUGUUUGAAGUGUGCCCCUCAUAAGGAGUUAUUUUUGUUUGUAAUAUCCUGAUGAAUUCUCACAGCAGGGUAGGGUCCUUUGUCCCACUUUAAGGCCUGAUAGUAUGCUAAUGUUGUUUUGGUCAAUGCCACCCUACAUUUUGUUGAGAUUAGGAUGUUGAAAUGCUGUUAUUGUAAUGUUUUCAUUAAAUGCUGUUGCUAAGCUAGUGUUACUGUGCUGGCUGUCUCGGGGGUCCCCUGUUGAGACAUGCUUGGUGCACUGAAAUUCUUUGUUAUAGUUGAAAUGUGGGUCAGAAGGGCUCAGAACGUGGCUAUUAUAUUUUCAAGAGAUCUGUAAAGAUGUGAAGGGAAGUCUUCUUUUGCCCCACCCCAAACUGUUAUCCUAUUAACACGCAAUGGGUUUUCAACAAAUAAUAUUUUGAAACUUGGACUUUAGUUUGAGAUGGGAUGUGUAAAUGAAAUGUGUUGACACGGAGACAUUGAGAAAUACUGGCUGGAUAACAUUGUAAAACAUCUUUAGUCACAUUUUAAGAGGUUAAUUCUACAUGUGUUUGUUUUCUCAGAUUAUGGUACACCGUUUUAUUGCUUUUGCACUUUAUUGGUUUCAAGGUGCACACACAAUUUUCUAUUCUGUAACUUUAGACAUCUUAAAUGCCCAAUCAUCAGCACACCCCACUUAGUCUUCCUGAGGCAGAUAUAGCUCUUGAUUUCUUGUUUUCUGCCUGUUUCUGCACACUUAGGAAUUUUGUUAGUUUCUUCCCUGUAUCUUCUGUCCAGGCUACCUACAAUCUUUAUAAAUUUCAGGUAAAUAUUAGUUGUUUCCUUAAUUAAUCAUUUUUGUUUGAGCUUUGAGCAUACACCCACCUACCAUGUACCUACUUCUAUUUAAAUAAUGCACACACUGCAAGCAAUACAAAGAAUAGUGUGAAAAUAUGUUUCUGGCACUGGCCAGUGGGGUGUGCACGAGUGCACAAACCAAGAUAUUAGUUUAUUUGGAAUGAACACCAUCAGAAUCAAUGCUCUAGUUGACUGUUAAGGUUUUAAAUAAAAUAUCUUUGGACAAGGUCA